AUGGCUAUAGUGGAAGAUAUCACGAACGAGGAUGAGCAGAUUCCAAAUGGCUCAAGCUCGAAAGAGGAGCUCAUCAAGACUCUCGAGAAGCUUUCGGCGGAAUUGAUAGUGCCCAAAGAGCUCGUUCCUGGAUUCAUGACCAGUCCAGAUCAAGACGCUCUAUAUCGGUACCAAUUCACAGCUCUUAGAGUACUAGACCAGAUACGAGAUAAGAUCCAAGCUGAAGAGGUCUUUUGGAAGGAGGUAGAUCAGGAGACGCAAUUGAGGGUUAUGCAGAAUGUAUUAAGGUUAUAUGGUGAAGAAGAUCCUUGGUGUUCUCCUCCAAUCCGUGAAACUGUACAAAACAUCGUUGAAACCCUUUCAAGUUCUAUACCAAUAUUGAUUCUUCCUACUUUACGACCCUAUUUCUCCUCUCAUCCCCACCUUUCCUCAAAUUCACGAGCACUAUCUCGACCUUCUGGAGGAAUCAUCGAGUCCAGUAUCGACUUACAUGAUGUUCAACCAUUCAAAGAACCUUCUUCGUGGGGAAUAUCCAACCUACUUGUCUAUUCAACGGAAAGAUUGUCCAACGAAGAAGUGGAGAGAUAUAUAGGAUUGAUCUUACCUCCCACUUUAGUAUUGAUGGAUGACUGGGAACCUUUGUAUCGAUCAAGAGGUGCCAAGAUAUUAGAUUCAUGGAUCCACAAAUUAGAUUAUUCAUUGAUGAAAAGGAUGGGAAUUGAUAAGUUAUUAUUGGAUUCAUUGAUUCAUACAAUAUCAUUAAAUCAUAAUCCACCUUUAAAAGGUAUAUUGCAAAUCACCUUGAAUCUGAUAGAUAAAUGUCAUCCUAAAACAUCUAAAUCAGUAAAUGACACCACAAAAAAGGGACAAGGAGAGAAUAGGAUGAAGAGAUAUGGUGAAAUAAUCGACAAAGGUAUUGUACAAGGUUGGAUAUAUUCUCCAUCGGGUUUAGAAGGAAGAUCCGUUUUAAUCAAUAUCGCUUCGAUGUUGGAGAAACUGUGUGAUGUAUUAGGUGUGGGUAUUAUAAGAUGGUUAAAGACCAUAAUUCCACAAUUACUUCAACCAUUACAAUAUCCUCCAACGACAGUAGUAUUACCUCAUUACGAAGCGAAUCUCUCCUGUCUGUUAUGCGUGAUGAAGACUAUACGUGAAACAGGAAGGAUCGAUAGAUGGAGAGGUGAGAUAUUGAAUAUCCUAUGUAGAUUGUGGGUUCAAUUGAAAGAAAGGUCAGGUUUGGAAGAUGAGAGUGAAAGGAAUAAUGUGUCGAUAGAACAUGAGAAUCAAGUGAAAUCCCUCGUCAAACAGAUUUUCCAUGAAUUAGCCGAACAAGUAUCCUCCGUCAAACAAGUUGAAUACCCCAGAUUGAUCAAGUUGUCACCUGGGAUAUUUGAAGACCUCAUUCCGAAAAGUGCCAGUGAACCAAGAUCAGAAUCGUGA